AUGGCAUCACCUUCACUUUUAGUCUUUGGGCCGCAGUCGAGCCUGCUGUCGGAAGACUGGCUCGUGCAACUGCGGUCGACUUUGCUGGGAAACCGUAAACUUGAGGGCCUAGUUACCGCAAUAACUCAGCUUGAAUCCAUCUGGAACGAUCUUGCUCUCGCCGACCCAUCUUUCAAAGGCAUCCCUGGCCAGGAACAUUUCCGGGCCCUUUCCAACUGGAUCAGCAGCCCUGGCAACUCGGACCCGCCAGCGGAGCUUUCCCGACUCAACCUGCUCCUCACACCCCUUACCGUCAUCGCUCACCUAGUCGAAUACUUCAACUACUUGGAGGUGUCCGGCCUUUCCCAUGAACAACUCCUCAAUAGCACUUCCAUCAAUGGCGGCGGAUUCCAAGGCUUCUGUACCGGAUUGCUGGCCGCAGUGACGUUGUCAUUGGCCAAGGAUGAAGGAGAGGCGGUAAAACUCUCAACAUCGGUAUUGGGGCUUGCCGUGGCUCUCGGCGCAUAUGUCGACUUGGAUGGAUGUUUUGCGAAUCCACCGAGGGAAUUUUCCUGUCUCUCGGUUCGCUGGAAGAGCAGUGAAGAGAGCCUAUCGGUUUUCAAAGCGAUAGAGGAACAUGCUGAGGCAUACGUUUCUGUCAACUCCGAUGUAUUGAGUGCCACCGUCACCCUUCCCAAGCAAACGCAAGACGAGCUCGUUGCAAAACUCACUGAUCUCGGGGUCACCGCUCGUCCGUACCCACUCUCGGGCCGCUUUCACUCCUCCAUCCACGAGGAACAUGUGGAGAAGAUCGUCUCUCUCGGGAACUCCAACACCAAGUUCCGAUUCCCGGUGGCUUGUGGGUUGCCUAAUCUCGUCAGGGACGGCACGGGGUCCCCCAUUGGCAACAGCACUCCCCUUCAUGAGGUGAUUGCGAGGUCUAUGUUGGUUCAGCGGUCAGAAUGGAGCAGCACAAUUCGGUCUGCCCUGCCGGAACCUGCUUCUACUGGCACGGAGGCUGUCGUGUUUGGACUUGUGGACUGCAUACCUCGAUCCCUGGUCACUGAAGGUGGCCUUACCGUCACUCGACCUGGCUUCCAGAAGACGGGGGCAUACGUCUACCCUGAAGACGCGGUAGCCGUCGUCGGACUGGCCUGCCGAUUUCCCGGCGCGGAUUCGCUCGAAGAGUAUUGGCAGCUACUUCUGUCUAAAGCUUCCAUGCUCGGCAAGCUCCCAACCGAACGGUUCCCAACAAAAGGGUUGCGCCGGACACCAAAGGACGACAUUCCCUUCAUCGGAAACUUCCUCCGUGAUGGCUACGCCUUUGACAACAAGUUUUUCAACCGAUCUCCGCGCGAGGCCUCGGCCAUGGAUCCGCAGCACAAAUUAAUUCUGCAGGUCGCGUACGAAGCUCUCGAGACGGCGGGAUAUUUCAGCCAUGGCUCGUCACCUAGCGACGUCGGCUGUUACGUCGGUGUAGCGGCGUCUGACUACGAGGACAAUGUCGCGUCCCAUCUCCCGACAGCCUUCUCCGUCCUCGGCAUGGUCCGCGCGUUUGUGAGCGGCAAGAUCAGCCAUUUCUUUAACUUGAGUGGCCCGUCUAUGGUAUUCGACACGGCUUGUUCUUCCUCUGCUGUGGCCAUCCACACUCGCAUGCCAGGCUCUCAGGAAUGGGGAGUGCUCUCAUGGCCCUCGGCUGGCGGAGUCAACGUUAUUACAAGCCCAGUCCUGCAUCAGAACCUCGCGGCAGCAAAUUUUCUAAGCCCUACAGGCGAAUCCAAGGCCUUCGAUGCGCGUGCUGACGGGUACUGCCGCGGGGAGGGCGCGGGAAUGGUCGUCCUGAAGAAGUACUCUACAGCGCUUGCCGACGGCGAUCACAUUUACGGAAUCAUCGCAGGGUCUGCGGUCAACCAGAAUGACAACUGUGCGGCCAUUACCGUCCCUGUAUCAAAGUCGCAGACCGCGCUGUACAAGCGAGUGCUCAAGAUGGGACGGAUGGACCCUGAGAAGGUUUCGUAUGUCGAGGCACACGGAACCGGCACCCCGAAAGGAGACCCAAUCGAAUGUGCAAGCAUCCGAGAGGUAUUCGGAAACCAGCCCUCGCGCAAGCUGCACUUUGGCUCCGUCAAAGCAAGCAUCGGCCAUACGGAAGCCGCGUCUGGCGUGGCAGGCCUCAUCAAGGUCUUGCUCAUGAUGCACCAUCGGACGAUCCCGCCGCAGGCCAGCUUCCAGACACUCAACCCUAAUAUCCCACCCCUGGGUCCGUCCAAUAUGGAAAUUGCUCUGACACCCAGGGACUGGAAUGGCGAAUUCCUCGCCGCAUGCGUCAAUAACUACGGCGCGGCCGGCAGCAAUGCCGCCAUGCUUAUUUGCCAGCCUCCACGUCUCACCACGACGCCGAAGGCCCGCCGUGGAAGGGACAGCCUUCCCAUGAAAUACCCCGUCAUGCUAAGAGCCAAGUCCGCAGCCAGCCUUCAAGCCUACUGCAAUGCGUUGACGCAAUUCUUGGACAAGGCGUCUGCUCAUACCAGCGAUGACCAACUCCUGGCUGACGUUGCCUAUGGGCUCGCCACCCACCAGAACAUCAGCUUGCCCUACUCUCUCGGCACCACCGUCGAUUCUCUUGCUCGCCUGCGCCAGGAACUGAGCGCCUGCGCUUCCGCCACACUGCCCGAAGAGCAAACGGCAAAAGCCAAAUCCCGGCCUGUCAUCAUGGUCUUCUCCGGGCAAACGGGCAACACCGUCAACCUAUCCGAAGAAGCAUACCGGUCCUCCCUGCUUCUCCAGAGCCACCUGAACCGCUGCGACCGCAUUCUCCGAUCGCUGGGCCACCCGAGCAUCUUCCCCGCCAUCUUCUCCAAGCAGCCCAUCUCCGACACCCUGGUGCUCCACUGCGCCGUGUUUGCGCUGCAGUACUCCUGCGCUUGGGCCUGGAUCGACGCGGGGGUCCAGAUCGAUGCCAUGAUCGGCCAUAGCUUUGGCCAGCUGACCGCGCUCUGCGUGGCCGGUGCCAUGUCCCUCGAGGAUGGGCUGAAGCUGAUUGCUGGCCGAGCUAUCCUUGUUCGGGACCAGUGGGGUCCGGAAAGGGGGGCUAUGAUCUCUGUCGGCGCGGGCGAGCAACAGACGCAGGAGCUGGUGGCGAGCGCUCAUCAAGCUGGCAUCGAGGUUGAGAUUGCUUGCUUCAACGCCAAGGAUAACCAUGUCGUGGUUGGUUCUGCGUCUUCCAUUGCCGCCUUUGAGGACCUGGUUGCAGGCCAGGGCAGUGAGGUCCGUUUGAAGCGGCUGGAGGUCACUCACGGGUUUCAUUCCGUGUUUGUCGAUGGGAUUAUGCCGGAGUACAAGGCGCUGCUGGAUAGCAUUUCCUUUUCCCAGCCCAAGAUCCAUGUUGAGACUUGCUCGCCGGGCUCAGCUUGGAACACGGUCAACUCGGAGCUUGUUGCCCAACAGUCUCGCGAUGCCGUCCACUUUAGUGCUGCCAUUUCCCGCAUCCAGAAGAAGUUCAGUGAUUGCGUGUGGCUGGAAGCCGGUUCGGGCACGGCGGCCAUCCCCCUUGCUCGCCGAGCCCUGCAGGCGGAACAGGUCGACAUCGCGAAGCAUGCUUUCCACGCAGUCAAACUCGGAGCGCCGGACGCCAUGGAGUUGCUGGCGCAGACGACGCUUGAUUUGUGGAACAGCGGGACCAAGGCCAUGUUCUGGCCCUUCCAUCGCUCCCAAAAGCACCAGUACAAUGUCCUGCAGCUUCCUCCGUACCAGUUCGAGAAGCGGCACCACUGGCUGGAGUAUGUGGAUCGCCACGGCAGUGAUGCCCCUGUCCCCGUGGCGGCGAUCGAGGCAAAGCCGGCCGACAUGGUAUCCUUCUCCCAGUAUGCCGACGACACGGGGAACCUCGCGAUCUUCAACAUCAACCAGGAGACCAGCGAGUUCCAAGCAGCCAUUGAAGGCCACCGCGUCCUCGGCCAUCCGCUCUGUCCCGUCUCCUUGUACAUCGAAGUUGCGACACGGGCGGCGGCUCUGCUCCACCCCAACUUCUCGACUGAGACGCAUGCAUCGGGCGUUGAUGCGCUGGAAAUCUUCACGCCUCUUGGUCUUGACACGGCACGGCAAGCCCAGGUUACGCUUCUCAGCAUUGGCGAGGACGAGUGGGAGUUCACCGUCCAUAGCUUUCCGCUUGGCGACACGGCGUCGAGAAAGACCAGGCACGCCACGGCCAGAAUUCGCAUCACGUCCCUGCUUGACAAGAGCACCGCGGCCAUGUUUGCGCGCUUCCAGCGUCUGGCCAAGUACGAGGAAUGCGAAGCUCUCUUUGCCGACGGAGCCGCCGCAGGCAUCCAGGGGCCGUUGGUGUACAAGAUGUUCGACAAGGUCGUCAAUUACUCGGGGAUCUACCGUGGCGUGCUGAAGAUUGCGUCCAAGAACCAGAAAGUGAGCGGUCUCGUUCAGCUACCAGACGCUACGGCGAAGGGAGCAGACAUGGAGAAGUCGGCCUGCAAUCCACUGGCCAUUGACAACUUCACCCAAGUUGCCGGCCUCCACGUCAACGGGCUUGAUGAGUGCGGAAACGACGAAGUGUACAUCUGCUCGCAGGUCGAUGAGAUUCGCGCCCUUCAGAGCCUCAAGAGACCUGAUGGUGGCAGUGCUGGCCCGUGGCUGGUGCAUGCCAACUUUAGCAGGCAAGGGGACAGAGAGCUCCUGAACGAUAUCUUCGUCUUCGAUACGUCAGCUAAGACUCUAGUCAUGACCAUCCUGGGGGUCCGAUUUACCAAGACCAACGUGAAUAUGCUGCAGAAGGUACUGGCUCGUGCAAACACAGCGCACUCUCAUCAAGCCCAGGCAAAGGUUGAACCUCCCCGUACCGCUGCGGCGCAGAUCAAGUCCGCCAUCAGCACCCAGCUCAUCCGCACUGCCAAUGCUCCGGAGCGUAGCCGGAACCGCAAGAGGGCUCUCGAAGACAAGGUCAACAGCAACAUUAGAAUUGGCCUCAAGCAACUACUGCAAGAGGUAGCGGACGUGUCUCCCGAGCAGAUCCAUGACAGCACUCUCCUCGUCGAUGUCGGCAUCGACUCCCUGAUGGCCACCGAGGUGCAGACGGCCAUCGGCGACAGGUUUGGCGUCCUCCUCACAACUGCUGAGUUCCAAUCCAUUGAGGACUUUGGAUCCUUGUGCGCAGCAGUGCAGCCGGCCCAGAGCAGUGCUCGGAGCUCCUCCGAGGACGACCUGUCUGACGAUAACGAGCUCCUAGCCUCCUCUCACUCGGCCACGCCUGCAUCCAGUGUCGAGUACGAGUUUCAAAACGACGAGCUCGUGGCCAAACUGCAGAAGUUGGUGGCAGGCCAUCUUGAUGUCUCAGAGGCUAUUGCGCCAGACCUUUUGCUAGCAGACGCCGGCGUGGACUCCUUGUUGGGAAUCGAGCUGGGGGCAGAUAUUGAAAAGGAGUUUGGACGGACCAUCGACAUGAUGCAGCUCAGUCCGACCUGCACUUUUGCUGACCUGGCCCCUGCAGCGGAAAAGGACCUCCUCGCACACGCGGCCGAGGACUUCCGCGCGAUCCGUUCGGAUUACCUUCGCUUCGCAAAGGAAACCGGCUGGGCAGGAUUCCGACAGAAUGCGUACCCCAAGCAGAGGCAACUGGUGCUGAGCUACGUCCUCGAGGCUUUCGCCCAGUUGGGCUGUGACAUUGCCCGUGUUGAGGGGGGCGAUGUCCUCCCCAAUGUCCCGCAUAUGCCGAAGCAUGCCAAAGUCGUAGGCCAGUUCUACAAGGUUCUCCAAGAGGCUAGCCUUGUCCGCAAACAGGGGGACAAGCUGGUCAGGUCCCAAACCCCGUGCCCCAAGACCGAUGCGGAAGAACUAGUCCAGCAGAUGAUCGUCGCCUAUCCCCAGCACGCCUCCGAGCUCAAGCUGCUACGAUCCACGGGCUCCAAGCUGGCAGACGUCCUGUCGGGCAAGGUCGAUCCCCUCCAGAUCAUCUUCCGCACAAAGGCCGACAGAGAUCUGCUCGAGGAUGUCUAUACCAACUCGCCAAUGUUCUCGACCGGAACCAAGGUGCUAGCCAACUUCUUCACCAAAGCACUCGAAAUCCACCGCGGCGGCGAGCAAGUACGCAUCCUCGAGCUUGGUGCCGGCACGGGCGGUACGACCAAGACGAUCCUCGAGACGCUCUCGUCGAUGGGAGUCAACUUUUCGUACACCUUCACCGACCUGUCGUCGUCGCUCGUGGCGGCGGCCAAGAGGAAGUUUGCCAAGUACGGGGACGCCGUCAACUUCUCCGUCCUCGACGUCGAAAAGCCACCGCCGCAGCACCUCGUUGGGAACUACCACAUCGCCCUCGCGUCCAACUGCGUCCAUGCCACCAAGAGCCUGCUGGUUUCGUCGACCAAUACCUGCAAGAUGCUUCGUCAAGACGGUAUGCUCUGCCUGCUGGAGCUGACGAGAAACCUGUACUGGCUGGACUGUGUCUUUGGUCUGCUCGAGGGCUGGUGGCUCUUUGAGGAUGGCCGGGAACAUGUCCUUGCGGAUGAGUUCCUCUGGAAGGAUACCCUGCUGAGAGCCGGGUUCAAGCACGUUGACUGGAGCGAUGACGACAGCGAGGAGUCGGAUCAGUUCCGUCUGGUGGUGGGAUUCAAGUCUGCGCCGGACCACCUAAUCUCCGCGGUUGAGAAGCUACAGCUCGCGGCAGCGGCGGCCAAAAAGGCGGCCGCCAAGCUGGUGACCAAAGAAACCGUCGAGUACCACCGCGUCGGAGAUGUCUCCCUCCAAGCCGACAUCUACUACCCCGACCAGCCCGACGACGGCACCGCCAAGCGCCCCAUCGCUCUCAUGAUCCACGGCGGCGGACACAUCAUGCUCUCGCGCAAAGACAUCCGCCCGCGGCAAACCCGCCUCCUCCUCUCACGGGGUCUCCUCCCCAUCAGCAUCGACUACCGGCUCUGCCCCGAAGUGACCCUCCCCGCCGGCCCCAUGACCGACGUCGGCACAGCUCUACACUGGGCGCGCACCACGCUCCCCUCUCUCCUACCUAACGCCACCCGGCCGGACAUCCGCGCGGACGGCAGCCGGGUCGUGGUCAUUGGCUGGUCGACGGGCGGCACCCUCUCCAUGACGCUGCCGUUCACGGCGCCGGCGCGGGGCAUUGCGCCGCCCGAGGCGGUGCUGGCGUUUUAUUGCCCGACGGAUUAUCAGGAUGGGUUUUGGAGGGAGCCGAAUUUUCCCGAGGAGACGACGGAGAGAGAGGCCGGGGUGGAGUAUGAUUUGCUAGAGGGGGUAAGGGACGGCGCGAUUACCGCGUAUAAUGUGCCGGCGGCGCAGCGGGCGACGGGAGGGUGGAUGUCGUUGGAGGAUCCGCGGUCGAGGAUCGCGCUGCAUAUGAAUUGGAAGGGGCAGGCGUUGCCGGUUUUGUUGGGGGGGUUGCCGAGUAAGGGCAAGGCGGGUGAGGGGGUGGAUUGGAAGAAUCGGCCGCAGCCGAGUGAUGAGGAGGUGGCGGCGGUGAGUCCGUAUGCGCAGGUGGUGGCGGGGAGUUAUAGGACGCCAACGUUCUUGAUUCAUGGCACGAGGGAUGAUUUGAUCCCGUGGCAGCAUACGGAGAGGAUUAAGGAUGCGUUGGUGGAGAGGGGCGUGCCGGCGGGGGCGGCGAUUGUGCAGGAUGCGGUUCAUUUGUUUGAUUUGUAUGGGAGUGAGGGCUGGGAGGCGGUCUUGGAGGGGUAUGAGUUCUUGUUCAAGCAGAUUGGCGUCUAG